AUGGCAUGCAGACAUCUUGCGAGCCUUGCCGCAGGUCAAAACUACGCUGCGAUCAUUCCACCCCGACAUGCAAACGGUGUGUUCGCCGUGGAAAUCUCCUCGCCAAAUAUGCCUGCAAGCUCCGACACCAAUUGGGACAAGAAAGUCCAAUCGGUCACGCCUCCCGGGAUCUCGGGACUGACGAGCGACUCUGGCGUGUUCAGCGAGAACGAAGAGUAUCUAAACGGGAUCCUCGCGCCGCUGGCAACCUUGGAACACAAUGGGCCCAGCUGGAGUCCAAAGCAGGUUCAGCUGGGUGCGCGACUACUGCUGACCCUAUUUGAGAAUCUGUCGCUCUACGAGACUCUCGCGGAAAAUCGUUCAGACAAUUCACCAGAAGGUUGGGUUGUCGGCCAACAGCUCGUCCGCGUGAUCUUUACAGCUUUGAAAGACUCCCACAGGCUCCUGGUAAAUGGCCAGGAUGCAAAAGAGCGGUACUAUGAGAACCUGCUAGGGUGGUCCCAGAAGCUGUCUCACGAGACCUCGAAGCUGAUUGAGGUUGGUCCGCCAACGACACCCGAGGAAUAUCUUCGUUAUGUCUCCAAUCGAUGGGAAGGUAUCGGGUUGAUCUUCUCCAUUGUGGGGCAAAGUGCAAUGCUGGAGAGAGACUGGAAGUCUGUAUCUCAGUUAGCAGAUGCUGCAUUAGCGGAUCAAAGAUCACUGGGGGUGCUUGCGGCCACUGCCAGUGAUGCUUGUCUUCAAUUUUGCGACGCCUCAGGCUUAGUUCACGAUCCACUGGGCUGGCUGCUGUAUCAGCAUACCCAUUUGCUGAUCUUGGUCUAUGGUAACAACGGUAAAGAUUAUCGAGCGUGGCGAAAGAUGGCCCAAUUGUCCACUCUGGUGUUUACUCUCGGACUCAACCAGUCCAAACACGUCGCGCGCAUGCCAUUCUUUCUGGUGGAGCUCCGUAAACGUCUGAUGGCGGCGGCGUAUAUCAUGGAUAAGCACCUCGCCACUUUCCUUGGACGACCGCCCCAGAUCAUCUGGAGAUACUGCGAUGUGCAACUUCCUGUAGAUCUACGGUACGACGAGAUCCUUGCAGGCCCGCCUACUCGUGAUGCCGCCAUCAACAGACUGGACGCGAACGGUUGGAACAGCCAAGGUGUCAUCCAACCGGCCCAGUGGAUGCGAGUUGCUCUUUUGGUCAGCUCAAUUAAAGAGCAAAUCCUCGAAUUGUCGCUGAUUCGCUGUGUCGACGACCUUGCCCGGAAGGCCAAGCAGGUGUUCGAAAACUCCCGCAGAACUUGGGAGGAACUCCCCAGUUUCCUUCGCUGGCGUCCUGGCAGUGUCAACUCCGAGGACAGUGGAAGUCUCCUCAUUCCUCUCUAUCUCGACUUCCUCUACAGCGACUUUCUUCUCUACCGUCUACUUGUCAGACGCUCCCAGAAUGAAUCGGAUGCCUUGAUCAAUAUCUCACAGAGUAUACUCGGCACCGUCCUUCAGCUCAUCGGGAGGGAGAUUGCAGCGGGAACUGGGACAUACAACAUAGGAUGGAACGCGACUUCAUUCGGCAUCCCGGCUGCUGGCGUCCUCGCCAUCGAGCUGCUGUGCCACGGUGACGGGUCAUCACGACCUGCUCCAUCGGUGUUCCGACGGCCCGAAACCAUCCAGAACCUGAGCGUCUUUGCAUCCUACCUCCAAUACGUCGUUCGACCACAUGAGGGAAAUUACGACAUCUGCCGGCAUGCGCGCCGUAUCCUUUCUCGUGUCCUCAACCAAGCCCUAUCGGCCAAUCCGCCGCCGUUGCCCUCUGGUCUACCUGCAGAUGCGGUAGCGGUGGAUUGGUUGAAUGGGGAGUCGAUCUUGCUAGACGAUGGGACGGAUCUCCUGGGGUGGAUCGAGAGUCGACUUGGUUAG